AUGUUCGCCCGCUGCAGUAGCUUUAGAGUGGCAGCCGUGGAGGUCAUUCCAAACAGGCGGAUAUCAAUUGCUCCGUGUUAGCUAAGAAGCACCGCGAUCAGAAAUGGUGAUCCUAACCGAAGACCCAGCUUUUCUCAAGCUGAGAAGUUUGAGCCCAAUAACGAAACCACUACGGUUGAAGGAUUUAUUCGACAAGGAUCCCUCGAGAGCGGAGAAAUAUACGCUCAAACUCCAAUCUGGACCCGAAACUCUCCUGGUCGAUUACUCUAAGAACUUGAUCAACGAUGAAAUCAUGGCGGGUCUCCUGGAACUCGCCAAGAACCGAGGUGUGGAGGCUAUGCGGGAUCGAAUGUUCAAGGGCGAGAAGAUCAACUUCACCGAGGAUCGUGCCGUUCUUCAUGUCGCUCUAAGGAACCGCUCGAACCGCCCAAUCGAAGUCGACGGGAAGGAUGUGAUGCCCGGAGUCAAUGCUGUGCUCGAGCACAUGCGUUCAUUCUGCCAUCAGGUCAUAUCCGGAGAAUGGAAAGGCUACACAGGCAAGAAGAUCACUGAUGUUGUCAACAUCGGAAUCGGAGGUUCGGAUUUGGGUCCAUUGAUGGUGACCGAAGCUCUCAGACCUUAUCAGAUCGGACCAAACGUUCACUUCAUAUCGAACGUGGACGGCACUCAUCUUUUCGAGACGUUGAAACGAGUCGAUCCCGAGACCACGCUAUUCAUCAUUGCCUCGAAAACUUUCACCACACAGGAAACGAUCACGAACGCAGAGUCGGCCAAAAUCUGGUUCCUCGGCAAAGCCGGCGACAAGAGCCAUGUGGCGAAACACUUCGUCGCUCUCUCGACGAACGCUGCCAAGGUCACCGCGUUCGGCAUUGAUAAGGAGAACAUGUUCGAAUUCUGGGACUGGGUCGGCGGUCGCUAUUCGCUCUGGUCAGCCAUCGGUCUUUCCAUCGCCCUAUUCAUCGGCAUGGCGAACUUUGAGAAACUCCUCACAGGAGCCCAUUUCAUGGAUGAGCACUUCAGGACAACGCCGUUGGAAAAGAACAUCCCGGUCAUACUCGCCUUGAUUGGGUCUUGGUACAUCAAUUUCCUUGGCGCGGACACUCACUGUCUGCUACCGUACGACCAAUACCUCCAUCGGUUCGCCGCCUACUUCCAACAAGGAGAUAUGGAGUCCAACGGAAAAUACGUGCAACGUGACGGGCGAAUCGUCGAACAUGAAACGGGGCCGAUCGUUUGGGGGGAACCUGGAACCAACGGCCAACACGCUUUCUACCAACUUAUACACCAGGGGACAAAACUCAUUCCGUGUGACUUCAUCGCGCCCGCGAAGACUCACAACCCGAUCCAAGGGGGCAUUCACCAUAAAAUUCUGCUCGCCAAUUUCCUGGCUCAGACUGAAGCGCUGAUGAAGGGCAAGAGCUCCGAAGAGGCCAAGGCGGAAUUGGAAGCAUCCGGAUUGAAGGGGGAGGCUUUGGAAAAGAUCCUGCCUCACAAGGUAUUCCGUGGAAAUCGACCCACCAACUCCAUCAUGGUCCAGGAAGUGACACCCUUCACCCUCGGCGCCCUAAUCGCGAUGUAUGAGCACAAAAUUUUCGUCCAAGGAAUCAUCUGGGACAUCAACUCAUACGACCAAUGGGGAGUCGAACUCGGUAAACAGCUCGCGAAGGUCAUCCAGCCCGAACUUGAAGGAAAAGAACCGGUUUCCUCGCAUGACCAGUCUACGAACCAGCUCAUUAACUUCAUCAAAAGCUUCAAUUAGACUCGAACACAGGACGUAUUGACCAUCGAUCCCAGAGCCGAACGUCCCCACUAAACCCGUUCCUUCGGAGAAGACGUUUAAUCAGAUAAUAUUACAUGAGAUAAAUCAGGCGUCAUCAUCGAUUUUAGUGGUUGUCGACUUAGAACGCGCUUGUUGACGUGAUGCGGCUAAUUAUGUUCGAAGUCCAGCAGCAUUCUGAAGUGCAAUAGUUUUUGAUUCUCAACUCUGUUGAGAUUAGAGCAUCGUAGAGCGGGCAGUGCACACGCAAGAUUCGGAUGAGCGAUAAAAUGUUGACGUGUUUCCUUGUUGUACCAUUGUUCUUUCAGAAUGAACGUCAAGCGGACAAUAAAUAAUUUUGUUGCCAACCUGAAAA